AUGGCACCACGGAAACUUUCAGAUGAACAGUUGGAAGAAAUUCGUCUUAUGCUUGAGGCGUUUACGACCGGCCUUCAAGAAGCAUUACAGACGACUGUAACGACCGCCCUUCAAACGGUGUUACGCGAUCAACAAAUUCAUCACGAAGCUCGUCGAGCCAAUCCGCAAGAACAACACCAGCAACACAAUCUGCAGCAUCAACGACAGCGACAUGAAGCUCCACAUGAUUCAUCCGAUGAGGAAGAUAUGAUGGAGAACGUAUUUUCCGACCAAGCAAGAAUGACAUCAAAAGAAACGGAAAAGCAACUCACUUCGCGCUUUAUUGGUGGUCUACGAAAUCAAUUACAGAUAGCUCUAGCCCAAUUCAACCCAGUCUCGAUUUCGGAAGCACAUCAACGUGCGAUCUCUAUGGAGCUACAACUCCGGCCAUCUUGGUCCUCGUCAACGAAAAAUCGUUCCCAACAGAAUGCACCGAGCGACAGUUCAGGACAAUCUUCGCCUGAGGGUUCCACUUCCAAAGCAGAUACACAGAAGCUAUCCACCGAAACAGAGACAAUCGCUAAUUCUCGGCCUGCGCGCACUAACGCUCUCCGUUGCUAUGCUUGUGGUGAACGAGGCCAUAUCCAGACUGCAUGUCAUAAACAAACGAAACGAGGACUCAUCAUCCAGGAUGCAGACGAUGAUGAACCACGUUAUGAUGACGACGGUGAAGAUAAUAAAGAAAUAAUACAAGGGGAUACAUGGUUAUCUUUGGUCCUGCGACGCAAUUGUCUUCUACCUCGAGCCACACAAGAGUCAUGGCUUAGGACCAACCUGUUUCGCUCAACUUGUACAAUCAACGGGCGUGUUUGCAAAUUAAUCAUUGAUUCAGGAAGCUGCACAAACGUUAUGUCUUACGAAGCAACUAAGAAGUUGGGUCUCACAGUCACACCUCAUCCUUCUCCUUACACCUUAGCAUGGCUUAACAACGGUACAGAAAUCUGCGUAGAUAAACAAGUUGUUGUUUCCUUUUCCAUUGGGAACUACAAGGAUUCUACGACUUGCGAUGUCAUCCCUAUGGACGCUUGUCAUCUACUCCUUGGCAGACCAUGGCAGUACGAUCGUGAUGCUGUACAUCGUGGUAAGGCAAACACGUACAGCUUUGUGUUUGACAAUCGCACUAUCACUCUUCUACCUUCAAAGGAGCAACCGGAGCCGAGUUCUCGCACUCAAGAUACAUCGGCACCUUCAAAAGCUUUGCUCACACUUCCCAAGUCUGACUUUGAGAAGCACAUGAACGAGGCUGAUGUUGUUUGGGCUUUGAUCGCCAUUCCUUCCCUUCCCCCAGUCCUUGCAGAACCACCAUCAUCGUUUGCUUCACUGCUACAUGAGUUCAGUGACGUCUUUCCCAAGGAACUGCCUGGCGACUUACCACCGUUGAGAGAUAUUCAGCACCACAUCGAUUUGGUCCCGAAUGCAGUCCUACCAAAUAGACCUCAUUAUCGUAUGAGCCCGCAUGAGCAUGAUGAAUUGAGACGACAAGUGGAAGACUUGCUUACAAAGGGACAUGUGCGAGAAAGUUUGAGUCCAGCAGCCGUUCCUGCCUUAUUAAUGCCAAAAAAGACGGCUUUUGGCAUCCGUAUCCGACCUGGAGAUGAAUGGAAGACAUCUUUCAAGACGCGCGAAGGUCUCUUUGAGUGGACAGUUAUGCCAUUUGGUCUUUCCAAUGCUCCAAGCACUUUCAUGCGAGUUAUGAAUCAAGCUCUGCGUCCAUUUAUUGGAAAAUAUGUCGUGGUGUAUUUUGAUGACAUCUUGAUCUUUAGUCAUGAUUUGACUACUCAUCUCGAUCACUUGCGUAGUGUAUUGGAGGUUCUUCGCCGUGAGAAGUUGUAUGCGGCCAGCCAGAAGUGUGUCUUUGGAGUCGAUCAUGUCCUUUUCUUGGGUUACAUCGUUUCUAGUAAGGGUUUGCAGGUAGACCUGAGUAAAGUUGAGGCUAUCAAGACAUGGCCAACUCCUCGUUCUAUUAGUAACGUCCGCAGUUUUCAUGGCCUCACCUCUUUUUACCGACGUUUCGUGCAUCACUUUAGUAAUAUCGCGGCACCUCUCACUGAUUGCAUGAAAGGAACGUCAUUUACUUGGACUGCAGAAGCUAAUAACGCCUUUGAAGCCCUUAAGCAGUGCCUGAUCUCCGCCCAGAUUUUAGCUUUGCCAGACUUCACACAGGUUUUUGAGCUCCACACUGAUGCGUGUAAACUUGGCAUCGGUGCCGUUUUAAGUCAACUUGGACGGCCUAUUGCGUUCUACAGUGAAAAGAUUGCAGGGUCUCGAGCUAGGUACAGUACGUAUGAUGUGGAAUUCUAUGCUAUUGUUCAGGCUAUCAAGCACUGGAGGCAUUAUCUGUUUCAUCAGGAAUUUAUUCUCUACACAGACCAUGAUGCUUUAAAACAUCUUGGAAGUCAAGACAAGAUUUCUUCACGCCAUGCCUUUUGGAUUGCUUUCCUGCAGCAAUUCACAUUCGUUAUCAAACACCAGUCCGGAAAACAUAACAAAGUUGCGGAUGCUCUUAGUCGUCGUCACUCUUUGAUGGCCACUUUGCAAGUCUCUGUUCCUGGGUUUGCCGUUUUACCAGACCUUUAUGAAACAGAUCCGUACUUUGGCACGAUUUGGUCUUCUCUCCAGGCAGGCCUGCGUUCUGAGUUUCUCCACCAAGAUGGUUACAUCUUCCGCGGUUCGAGAUUGUGCAUUCCACAGAGCAGCUUGCGCCUUCAGAUAAUCAAGGAAUUGCAUGAAGAGGGACACGUUUCCAAGGGUCAUGCAUCUAACAGUGGCUUGUAUCUCUCACUGCCUAUACCUACUCAACCAUGGACUGAUGUGAGCAUGGAUUUCGUCUUAGGACUUCCCCGUACUCAACGCGGCCAUGAUUCAAUUUUCGUUGUGGUUGAUCGAUUCUCGAAGAUGGCUCACUUCAUUCCUUGCAAGAAGUCGACUGAUGCGGUUCAAGUUGCAAAUCUUUUCUUUAGAGAGGUAUAUCGGCUCCAUGGAUUGCCGCUUUCAAUUGUGUCUGACAGGGACUCUCGUCUUGAUAUGAGCUCUGCUUACCAUCCUCAAUCUGACGGUCAAACGGAAAUCACCAAUCGCACUCUGGGAGAUAUGCUUCGUUGUUUGGUCAUUGAUAACAUUCGCAGUUGGGAUUCAGUUUUGUGUCAAGUGGAGUUCGCCCAUAAUCAUGCGGUCAACAAGAGCACGCGUUUUAGUCCUUUUCGAGUUGUAUAUGGCAUUGUUCCCCGUGGGCCAAUUGAUCUUGGCGUUGCGCCAGAUAUUACUCGAGAUCACGGGCAAGCAAUGGAUUUUGUGGCUAAUGUUACGAUAGUUCAUGCUCAAGUUCAUGAUAAUUUGCAGCUCUCUUCUGCAAAAUAUAAGGCUACUGCAAAUCGUCAUCGUCGGGAUUUACAGUUUCGGGUUGGAGAUUUCGUUUGGGCAGUACUUACUGAUGAGCGGUUUUCAGCUGGAGACUACAACAAGUUGAAAUCUCGUAAGGUUGGUCCUUUGGAGGUUCUUGAAAAGAUAAAUGCAAAUGCCUAUUGUCUACAGUUACCAGCGAAUGCUCGAUAUUCGGAUGUCUUCAACGUCAAACAUCUUAUUCCAUUUGUGGCUCAAGAUGACACUGAAGAUCCGAGGUCGGAUCUUUCUCUACCCCGGGGGACCUGA